CUCUGGGCGGGGCGUAAAGGCGGUAGGAGGACUUGCGGCGGGCCCGCUUCGGCUUCUCCUCCGGCCUGCUCUCCCUUCCCGCGCCGGCCACCAUGGGGAAACGAGACAAUCGCGUGGCCUACAUGAAUCCAAUAGCGAUGGCUCGAUCAAGGGGUCCAGUCCAGUCUUCAGGGCCAACAAUCCAGGAUUAUCUGAAUCGACCAAGGCCUACCUGGGAGGAGGUAAAGGAGCAACUAGAAAAGAAAAAGAAAGGUUCCAAGGCUUUGGCUGAGUUUGAAGAAAAAAUGAAUGAGAAUUGGAAGAAAGAACUAGAAAAGCAUAGAGAAAAAUUAUUAAGUGGAAGUGAGAGCUCAUCCAAAAAAAGACAGAGAAAGAAAAAAGAAAAGAAGAAAUCUGGUAGGUAUUCAUCUUCUUCUUCAUCGAGCUCUGAUUCUUCCAGCAGUUCUUCAGAUUCUGAAGAUGAGGAUAAAAAACAAACGAAAAGGAGGAAGAAAAAGAAGAGCCGUUGCCAUAAGUCUCCUGAGAGCUCAGUGUCGGACUCUGACUCAGACAGCAAGGACGGUUCAAAAAAGAAGAAGAAGUCAAAGGAUGUGACUGAAAAAGAAAAGGACACUAAAGGGCUCAGCAAGAAGAGAAAGGUGCAUGAAGACAAAGCACUGUCAUCUGGGUCCUUGUCAGAGUCAGACUAUGAGGAGGUACAAGCAAAAAAGAAGAAAAGCGGUGAAGAGCGAGAGAGAGCAACUGCAAGUAUCCUAUGUUUUUAUAGACAACAGCGGGCCCACUGUUCUUUAACAUUAACUCAUCUGGGACCGAAUGAAGCCCUGGGAAGAGGGUGCUGUCCCUCACUGCUGCUUGCUGGAUAG